AUGCCUAUGGGGCCGUGGGAGUGUACCACAUGUAAGAGGAGGAAAGGAAGGAGGAAAAGGAGGAAGGAGAUAGAGGAGAUAGGAGGAAGGAAGGAGAUAAAGGGAUGGAAGGAAGUUCCUUCCUUCUACUCUCUGCCUCCUUCCCUGUACACCGCCCCUUCCUUCCCGCAUUUCCUUGCUCUUCCUCAACCCCAGCCAGCCUCUUCCUCCUCCUCUACUUCCGCUCCUCCCAGUACACGCCUCGUCCUCCCUCCCCUCUACCUCGCCCUCCCAGCAUGCCCUUCCUCCCUCCUCUACCUCGCCCCCAUAUGCCCUUCCUCCUCCCCACUCCUCGCCCUCCCCUCACGACACGCCUCUUCCUCCUCCCCCACUCGCCCUCCCCGCACAUCAUUCUUCCUCCUCCUCUACUCCUUCCUCCCCAGUACAUGCCCUCGUCCUCCCCACCUCCCAGCAUUACGCCUCCUCCCUCUACCUCGCCCUCCCAGCCACCGCCCUGUCCUCCCCACCUCGCCCUCCCCGCACGCCUCUUCCUCCUCCCCACUCUCAGCCCUCCCCGGCAUGCCUCGUCCUCCUCCUCUACCUCGGCCUCCCCCUCGACAUGCCUCUUCCUCCUCCCACUCUCGCCCUCCCGCACACGCCGCCUUCCUCCUCCCCACCUCGCCCUCCCCCGCACAGUUCCUCCUCCCCACUCCUCACCCUCCGCACACGCCUCUUCCUCCCCCACUCUCCUUCCCCGCACACGCCCUCCCUCCCCACUCUUGCUCCUCCCCCACACGCCCCUCUUCCCUCCUCCCCCGCACACGCCUCUUCCUCCUCCCCCACUCUCCCGCUCCACCCAUCGGCCUCCCUCCCCACUCCCCGCCUCCCCUGCACCGCCUCUUCCUCCUCCCCCACCUCGCCCUCCCCACACGCCUCUUCUCCCUCCUCCCCACCUCGUCCUCCCCAGACACCGCUUCUUCCUUUCUCUGCCUCCUCAACCUUCCCCUCCUCUUCAUUCGAACUCAUCUCUCCCUCCCAACCCGCAUACCCUCUCUCUCUCAUCCCUGGCGCCCCUCCCACCCGCGGCACCCUCUCUAUCCCUGGCGUCCUCCUCCCCUCCCCACCUGGCACCUCUCAUCCCUGGCCCUCCCACCACAGCAUACACCCUCCCUCAUCCCUGCAGACCCCUCCCACCAGAUAAACCUCUCUCAUCAUCCCUGUCUCCUCCCCAUCCAGCAUACACCCUCAUCACCGGUUCUCCACCCGUAUACACCCUCAUCCCUGGCUCACCUCCUCAAUUCACCUCUCUCGCGCAUCCCCUGGCUCCUCCCACCCGAGUACUUCUCUUCAUCUCUGCCCCUCGAUACACCUCUCCAUCCUGCCCUCUACCCGUACACAUUCCUUUUCAUCGACCCGUAA